UCCACCCGGGUACAGCCAAACCCCGUCUUCGCCUGCCGCCUCCGUCAGGUCGCCCUCAAGCGUCGCCACGUCUUCCCCAGGGAGACCCGAUCCUAGUCAGGACGUGGUCGUGCCCAGGUACCCCUCGUCCCACGCGCAUCUGGUGCCCCGGUACCCCAGGGAUGCCGGAGACCUUGUGGACUACCCGCCGAGAUUGCCCCCUCCGCAUCUAGGACAUGAGAUCGUUUAUCCGACCAUGGAGAGGCUGCACAGGACCCCCAUCAGCGUCCCCCUGGUGACCAGGUUGCCUCUGUCCCCGCCGUCGGCGAUGACCGUCGCUGGUCUCCAAGUCGCCACUCCUGUUCUCCAUCCCAGCGCGUGCCGAGAUCUCAGGGACUUGCGGGACCUCAGGGACCUUCAACCUCAACACCUUCCCCAGCAUCCUCAUCCUAAUCCCAACGCUCACCUGCAGCCCACCUCGCAGGUGCAGCACGUCCCCGCCACCGCGGUCCACCACAGGCUCUCCGUCGGCAAACUGCUGCACUCCUCGCCGCCACCACCUCCUCGGGACCCUAGUCCUAACUCUCCCAGGGAGGAGAACGGACCCAGGACCCUCGGGGGGAUUGGCCAUCCUAACAACCACGGAAACAACCACAACAACAACCUUCAGCACCAAGCCAGUUUAAAGUUCAGCAUAGACAAUAUCCUUAAGGCGGACUUUGGCAGGCGCAUCACGGACCCCAUCUCCCUGAAGAAGUCUCGCCCGAAGAAGGUCGUGCCUAGACCCAUCGAUCUUACCAAGGACUUCUUGGAGUCCUCGUCGGAGAGCUCGGAACGGGGAUCCGAGACCUCCACCAGCAACACCUCGCCCGGCAUCUCCGUGGGCAGUGCCACGUCUGCUACCGCUGGCGCUGCUGCUCCUCCGGAACCUGGCAAGCAGAUGCUCUGGCCGGCGUGGGUCUACUGCACCAGAUACUCCGACAGACCUUCUUCUGGGCGAAAAUCUUGCCGCGUGCUUUCAGGUCCCAGGACUAGGAGGGUGAAAAGAUCCGGGGAUGGCCGAGGAUCCGGAGCCACCCCCGAGGAGAAGAGGCCCAGGACGGCGUUCAGUGGCGAGCAGCUCGCCAGGUUGAAGAGAGAGUUCGCCGAAAACCGAUACCUGACGGAGAGGAGACGUCAACAGUUGUCCAAGGACCUGGGGCUAAACGAGGCCCAGAUAAAGAUCUGGUUCCAGAACAAGAGAGCCAAGAUCAAAAAGGCCAGCGGCCAGAAGAACCCCCUGGCUCUUCAGCUCAUGGCGCAAGGACUCUACAACCACUCCACCGUUCCUCUCACCAAGGAAGAAGAAGAGCAAGCUGCCGAGCUUCAAGCCAAAUGACGACUGUAGGCUCCCUGGACCGAAGUCAAGAA